AUGGCUUCGCCGACUGCGAAUGGAUCCCCGGUCGCGUCCCGGGACUCGCCCACGCCCAGCAGCGGCAAGGAGUCGCCUUUUGUUGAGCGCAGCAACCCCAUGGGCUCAGGCAUUGCCCAGACUGUUAGCUCCCGCGACCCCAAGGCCGUCGCUCAGGCCGCUUCCGACAUGAAGAACGUCGUCCGCCGCAAGCUGACUGGUUACGUUGGCUUUGCCAACCUGCCCAACCAGUGGCACCGCAAGAGUGUUCGCAAGGGUUUCAACUUCAACGUCAUGGUUGUUGUCGACCCUUGUCAACACCCUGUUCAACACCUCCCUGUACCCCCCAAGGAGCGCACCGGACCCAAUGCCGACAUCAUCCCCAAGACCGUGUCGAUCCAGUCGACUAGCGCCGACAUUGAGGAGAACGGCGUGCGUCUGCGCCUGAGCGUCAUUGACACCCCCGGAUUUGGCGACUUUGUCAACAACGACGACUCGUGGCGCCCCAUUGUCGAGAACAUCGAGCAGCGCUUCGAUACCUACCUGGAGGCCGAGAACAAGGUCAACCGCAGCAACAUUGUCGACAACCGCAUCCACGCAUGCGUGUACUUCAUUCAGCCCACCGGCCACUCCCUGAAGCCCCUGGACAUUGAGGUGAUGCGCCGUCUGCACACCAAGGUCAACCUGAUCCCCGUCAUUGCCAAAGCGGAUACCCUGACCGAUGAGGAGGUGGCGCUCUUCAAGCAGCGCAUCCUGGCCGACAUCCAGGCCCACUCGAUCCAGAUCUUCGAGGGCCCUCGCUACGAGCUGGACGACGAGGAGACCAUUGCCGAGAACCAGGAGAUCAUGUCCAAGGUUCCCUUUGCCGUUGUCGGUGCCAACUCGGAGGUCACCGCCGCGGAUGGCCGUCGCGUGCGUGGCCGUAGCUACCCGUGGGGUAUCAUCGAGGUGGACAACGAGGAGCACUGCGACUUCGUCAAGCUGCGCCAGAUGCUCAUCCGCACCCACAUGGAGGAGCUCAAGGAGCACACCAACAACUUCCUGUACGAGAACUACCGCUCGGACAAGCUCACCCUGAUGGGUGUCGCUCAGGACCCGAGCGUGUUCAAGGAGGUCAACCCGGCCGUCAAGCAGGAGGAGGAGCGUGCCCUGCACGAGCAGAAGCUCGCCAAGAUGGAGACCGAGAUGAAGAUGGUCUUCCAGCAGAAGGUGGCCGAGAAGGAAAGCAAGCUCAAGCAGAGCGAGGACGAGCUGUACGCCCGGCAUCGCGAGAUGAAGGAUCAGCUAGACCGGCAGCGCAGCGAGCUGGAGGAAAAGAAAAACCGCCUCGAGAGCGGCCGCCCGCUCGAAGAAAAGGGCAAGCGCAAGGGUUUCUCCCUUCGCUGA